UAUCGAACAAAAUCCCCAGCUCCUGACACUAUGAGCUACUACUAUGGCAACUACUAUGGUGGCCUGGGCUGUCAAUGUGGAAGCCUGGGCUAUGGCUAUGGCCUAGGCUAUGGCUGUGGUUACGGUGGCUUCAGAGGCCUAGGGUGGGGCUGGGGAGGCCACAGAUAUGGCUGCUGCCACCCAUCAUGCUAUGGAGGUUAUGGAUUUUCUGGCUUUUAUUGAAAAUGAAAAAGACUGGUGCUUUGGGACUUCAGAAUUCUAAUACCACCCUACAGCUAAUUCUUUCAAGUCUGUCUCUGUUCAAUGAAAUUCAGAUGCU